AUGUCUGCCUCUCCGAAGGGGGCUGCUGAGACGUCAGUAUGUGUUCGUUGUACGAACCAUAUUACUAUGGGUCAUGCGUACGAAUUAGGCGGAAAUAGAUGGCACACCCACUGUUUCUCCUGCUACAAAUGUGAUAAGCCUCUAAGUUGUGACUCGGAUUUCUUAGUUCUGGGUACAAGUGAUCUCAUAUGUUUCGAGUGCUCGGACUCAUGCAAAAAUUGCGGUAAGAAGAUCGAUGAUUUGGCUAUCAUUCUUGCAUCAUCGAAUGAAGCUUAUUGUUCUGAAUGUUUCAAAUGUUGCAAAUGUGGUGAAAAAAUUAACGAUCUUAGGUAUGCAAAGACAAAGAAAGGGUUAUUCUGUAUAACUUGUCAUGAACGACUUUUAGCCAGGAAGAAGUACCAUGAGGAGAAGAAGCGAAGACUAAAGAAACAGUUGCCGAUCGUUCCAUCGCCCAAAUUACCAGACUCCUCUUCUUCACUUGACCCGCAGAAGAUGGAGUUCAGCAGCGUGGAGACUGCGAAUAAUAGUAAUUUGAACUCGAGCUUAGAUCCGGGGCUCGAACUCACGCCAGAAAGCAACCCUUAUUCCGUAGUUUCAUCAAUUGCACCGGAUAGGUCUAGUUCACGACCUGCAACUGCAGAGUUGUUGCAGCAUAACCACCAGCAUGCAGAUAAUAAUUACAGUGAGGAUGUAAUAAACCAACUGAACCAAUCACCCUCUCCACCUCCACAAAAGUCCAUUACCGCUCCAAUAGAUUUCUCAAAGAAGGAUGCUAUAGUUAAGUCAAGCUCGAAUAGUGUCAUUGCACAAUUCUUAGAUGAUGAGUACCAUGAUGACGACGGUAAUGUAUCAAUUUCAACACAACACAAGGAUUCACAAUUAGAUAAAAUCUUACAGAACACGUUGGACAAUUCUGAGGAGGAUACUUUACAGAUAAGCUCUACUUUCAACUCAUCCGAUAACCUACCAUCUAGCCUAAGGCAAAAUUCGGAUUCCAGUGUAAUGAUAACUCGGGCCGAUUUGGAGCAACAAUUGAAUGAUGGCCCAGAUAGUUCAAUCAAUAAAACACCUUUGCAUUCUUCAGUCAAAUCUCCAUCACAUGGCUUGAAGUCCCCAAGAUCGCCAGAAUUACAUAGGCACGCUAUUGUUUAUGCGACUGAAUCACAAGAAGACAUUAUUUCUGAGCAGUAUUCAACAAGUAUAACUGCCGCAUUAAAUACCCCUAAAGCAAGAAAUAACAGCAUUGAAGAGGAUUCUCACUUCCGGACUCCAAAAUCCGAUACAGAAUCCAAACCUACUGGACUGGGUAUUUCAACACCAAAAUCUAAACAGAAGUUUAAACUGAGUAGCUCUCUUGCCAUUAUAUCUCCUAGAACAGAAGCUGUCAAACAUUCAAAUACCAUCGGCAUCCCAUAUGACAGCACAGAAGAGAGACCUCCAAGUUCAACCAAUACAGAAAACGCAUCUACAAUUAACCAUUCUGCUCCGGACCAUCAUCGUAGGACAUCGAGUGGUGCAAAAAAUAUCACAAGGUCACUUUCAUUCAGAUCUAAAAACUUGAUCUCGAAUCUAAGGAACAAAACUAGGUCAGCAAAUUCUCCAGGCAGGUCUUCAGAAAAGGAUUUCGACACUCAUUCAGGUUGGGGCGUUGUAUCUACACAUCCUGCAAUAGAUGAAUCAUCAAGCUCGCAAACAACUCAGGUACCACGGAGACGGGUGUCUGGUAGGGGCCAAAGUGAUAGCACCAUCUAUUCACAUAUACCUACAGACAGUGCGCAACAACCAAAUCAUAUAAGGUCUCAAAGUGGAAGCAACAAAGUUGCGAUGUUCAGAACUCCACCUUUAGGCUCCGCGAAUACUACAGUACACUCACACAAUAAAUCUCUAAGCAUUGAUCCUAAUAACCAAAGCACUAUACGGGAGGACGAAAAAUCCGACGAUGAUCGAGUAUUCACUCCUGUGGCAAAAGAUUUCUUCGAAAAGGACGUGAAAUCUAUCAGUUUGCAGUUAAGGAAACUUAAUAUGGAGGUCAAGGAAUUACAACUGACGAAGGCUCAAUUAACUGCUGACAUUGAAAAACUAAAGAUUACAAAAGAGACUUUGACGUCAGAAACCGAAGCCCUUCGAAUUGAAAAACGGGAUCUCAAAUUAACGACGACAUCACAAGAAUCAUUAACUGACGACGCAUACGAGGUGGAUUUCAACGGAAGCAAUAAUGCUCUAAGCCCUACUAGAAACCAACUCCCUUCUACAUCCAAUAGCAGUAUUGCAAAACCUCGAUUUUGGAAACUUUUCGGAAGUGGGAAUACUAAUGUAAGACAGGUCAAUCCAAAUUCUUCCAAAUCCAUAGAAAUUAGUGCUCCAAUGCUACAGAAUCCAAAUGAAUUUGAUGACCUGAAACUUUUCCCAAUUCCCUAUUCCGCGUCGAAUGACUCUGUUCCAAGGAACAGUUUAUCAUCUUCCAGUUCUGAUGGACAAACUCUCUAUGGAUCAUCCCUGGUUGCAAGAUGUGCAUAUGAAAGACGGGAUGUUCCAUUAAUCAUUACAACAUGCAUCAACUAUAUCGAAUCAGACCCUGAAUAUAUGAUGGCCGAAGGUAUUUACAGAAAAUCAGGUAGUCAGGUUAUCAUAGAGCAAUACGAGAAAAUGUUUGCAGAAGAAGAAAAAGUCGAUUUUGGAAAGCAAAAUACUGAUGUUCACGCAGUAACGAGCAUAUUCAAAAGAUAUUUACGCAAGCUUCCAAAUCCAGUUUUCGGUUAUCAAUGUUAUGAAAGUUUGAUAAAUUUAAUUCGUGAGAAUAACCUGUUGAUUGAGCUUCCAUUAAACAAUAGUUUAAAGCAACCAGAUCUUUUUACCAACAUUUUGGUAAAGUUAAGCGACAUAUUGAAAACUCUGCCUAUUCAACAUUUAGUGGUUUUGAAACUUUUAUGCAACCAUUUAGAACUGAUCAUGAGGUAUCAAGAGGAUAAUCUGAUGAAUUUGCAUAAUUUGGCUCUUGUCUUUGCUCCUGGGCUAAUCAAGGAUUAUUCUGGUGAAAAAGAUAUUGUGGAUAUGAAGGAAAGGAAUUAUUUGAUCGGACUUGUAUUACAAAAUUAUAGAGAGAUUUUUAAAGUUCUUCAACAAAAGAUAGAUGCAUAA